UUCAAUGCAAGUUGAUGAAAGUGGGAUUUUCCCGAUCCUUGGGAUCUAAAAUUGAACUCGAACUCUCAGGUAUAUGCACUGAUGGAGUCAUUUUCCAGCUUUAGCGUCAUCCGUGAAAAGAAAGAUCCAACUUAAUAGAAUGAGCAGUUCAUUUAUAUUUUGAUAACAUUACUUCACCUUACAUCAUGUCGCUAGAAUCAUUCCUGAGUGGGGACUCCAUACCCCCAGAACAGGAGCCCAGAAACUGUGCUCCAGGCUUUCCUGAUUUUAAGUUAUCUGUUGGUUUAAAUAACACUGGUGGAAACACUUUGAUUAAUCAAAUGUUUUCUGAUGAAGAAGAUGAAGAAAGCAUUGAUGAGGAAAAUGGAAGUUGUGGAGACUUAGAUGAAGUAGACAAUGAUGACUUUGAGGAGGAUGACGAGAAGGAACAUGAUGAUAUUGAUGGGGAUGGGGAUGAUGAGGAAGAUGAUGAUGAUGAUGAGGAAGAGGAGGAGGAGGAAGAGGAGAUUAAUGAAAAUGGUGAUGAGAGCAGUGGUGAAAAUAGCGAGGAAGGUGUUGAGGACAUGGUAGAUGAGGACAGUAAGACGAACAAUAUGUCAAAAAGUUCUGUUUCUGAAAAUAUGACAGAUGAUAUUUCAAGUAUUAUAAAUGAUCUCGAUAAAGAUUUCAGCAUGCAAGUUGAAAAUACACCCAAUGUGGUGGAAUCUUCUAGUCCAGUGGUAGAAAAUGUACAGAAUGAGGAUGAUAAGAAAUUAAAGAAACUUGAUGAUGAAAAGCCAGAAUGUAGUAAACCAAAGAAAAGGAAACGGAAAAAGAAGGAAAAGGGAGAGGGUGCACCAGCAAAGAAAAAGACAAAGAAAGUAAAAACCAAAAAACAAGCCAACAUGAGAAAAAACAUCAGGGAAAUAAUUAAAGAAAAUGAACUUGAGACUACAACAUUAGCAGCACAAAACGAAGAACUUGAAAGAAAGCGUCGACUUCAGGAGCAGCAGAAAGUGUUAGCAGCAACAGUUCCUGCUGUUCCUACUCAGGUGGCAGAUGCUACAGAUGCUGAGGAAAAGGACUCGCAGCUCAAGUCCUUGUUACAAAGCAUGCCUGAUGAAAUGCCCUCAGAAGUUCAAAAACAAGAGAAAGAUGAUGAUCUUAUCCUGGUAGAUAGUGGAGAUGAUGCAAAGAAGAAGGAAAAGAUGGAGGUCAUUGACAUCAGUAGUGAUGACGAUGAUGAUGCUGUCCAGAUCACAAAAGAUGAGGACAGUGAAGUCGAUCCUGAAGACCCAAACAAUGGCGGCAACCAUAUCAACGAUGAUCUCAACGUUGCUGACCUUGAAGGUCGUGUCCAGCUUAACAUUGGUCACCCCCCAGAAGAUGAUGACAUAUACCUGGCUCCGCAGAUUGCACGAGUCAUCAAAGCUCAUCAAAUUGGUGGUGUUCGUUUUCUGUAUGAUAAUUUAAUUGAGUCAAUGGAGCGGUGUAAGAGCAGUGCUGGAUUUGGCUGUAUAUUGGCCCACAGCAUGGGACUAGGAAAGACAAUACAAAUGAUAUCAUUUAUUGACAUAUUUCUGCGUCACACUCCAUUAAAAAGUGUUCUCCUCAUUGUGCCAAUAAACACUCUACAAAAUUGGGUGGCCGAGUUCAACAUCUGGCUGCCAACAGCUGCUACUGUAGGAGAUGAUCCUAACUUUAUACCUCGAGCCUUCGAAAUUUAUCUGCUGAAUGAUGGAUACAAAACUACAGCAGCCAGGGCAAAGGUUAUUGCUGAAUGGCAUAAAAGUGGAGGAGUCCUUGUGAUGGGGUAUGAGAUGUACCGUCUGUUGUCUAGUCGCCGUGGUUACAUGGGUACAUUGAAGAAACCUGGCAGGAAGCCUUCCUCUCCUGUAGUUAUUGAUUUAGAGGAAGAAGACAGAAACAAAACCCACCUACUCAGUAUGUAUGAAGCAUUAGUUAGUCCUGGUCCAGACCUAGUGGUGUGUGAUGAGGGACACAGAAUAAAAAACAGUCAUGCUGGAAUCUCAAUGGCCCUAAAAAAUAUACGAACAAGACGACGAGUGGUGUUGACUGGCUACCCACUACAGAACAAUUUAAUGGAAUACUGGUGUAUGGUGGACUAUGUGAGACCAAAUUAUUUGGGUACAAAGACUGAAUUCUCAAAUAUGUUCGAGCGUCCUGUGAUGAACGGACAGUGUAUGGACAGUACAGAGGAAGAUGUGAAAACUAUGAGGCACAGAGCUCAUGUGUUACACAGCCUCCUGGAGGGCUUUGUCCAAAGACGUGGGCACACAGUGUUGCAGCAGGCUCUGCCACAGAAACAGGAGUUUGUGUUCCUGAUUCGGAUGUCUCCUAUACAGAGGGCCCUGUAUAAAACCUUCCUAGAGUCAGUGGUGGAAAACUUCACUGCUGCAAGCGCUUGGUCUAAUCACAACCCUCUACGGGCAUUUGCCACGUGUUGUAAGAUCUGGAAUCAUCCAGAUGUCUUGCACAAACUGCUGGUUCAGAGAAAGGUAGCAGGAGUGGAUGACGACCUUGACAUUGACCCUGGUAAUGAAGGUCGAGCAAAGAAAGGUUCACAGAAAUCCAAAAAGGCUGUGGAGAAGCAACCAGGAAGUGAUAAGAAAGAGGAUGUUGUCUCCUUUGAAUGGGCUGAGUCUCUAAUGGAGAAUCACAUGGCUGGUCUUCUGGAGACUGGAGGCAAGAUGGUGCUGCUCUUCAAUAUUCUGGAGGAAGCUAUCAAUGCAGGGGAUAAGAUCCUUGUAUUUAGUCAAAGUUUAUUCACAUUAAACCUCUUAGAAGAAUUCCUGUCCAAAACCAAGGUUCCAAGACCAGAGGUGGAUUGUAACUGGGCCAGGAACACAUCAUACUACAGACUGGAUGGUAGCACUGGAGCAACAGAAAGAGAAAAAAUGAUCAAUGCAUUCAACAGACCAGAUGGUCAAGCCUGGCUGUUUCUGCUGUCCACAAGGGCUGGAUCCUUGGGAGUGAACUUGGUAGGGGCUAAUCGUGUGGUUGUACUGGAUGCUUCUUGGAAUCCGUGUCAUGACUGCCAGGCAGUGUGUCGUGUGUACAGGUUUGGCCAGACCAAACCCUCCUUCAUUUACCGUUUUGUCACUGACAAUACAAUGGAGAAAAAGAUCUAUGACCGCCAGAUCAACAAGCAGGGCAUGUCUGAUCGUGUUGUUGAUGAACUUAACCCCCAAAAUCAUUUUUCUAGACGCCAUGUUGACAAUCUCCUCCACUAUGAGGACACAGAUUUUCCGCUCGUAGAUUUUACAAAUUGUGAGGAAAAAUAUACUGAUCCUGUUCUGGUGAAGGUUUUAAAGAAAAAUGGCCACUGGAUAACAAAGAUGCCGUUCAGUCAUGAGUCAUUGCUAAUAGACAAGAAGGAGCUGCGUCUUUCCAAGAAAGAGAAGAGAAUUGCCAAGCAAAACUAUGUGAAUCAAAAACGUCAAAAUAUCAGUUACUCCCGCCCAUCCUAUACAGCUUUCUAUCCUAAAGGGCCAGGUGGUGGGCCGCAACAGGGGCCAGCUAUUACCAGAGUGUAUCCCAACCGACCCAUUGCUAGUGUAAAACCCAUCAUCACCACUCCUGUUCCAAUGAGACCUAAAGGGAUUGGCCCUGAGAGAGUCAACAAAGCUGGGGUCUCUGUCCACAAAGUCAUCACAACCACAGAUAUCAUGCUACCAGGAUCUAACACAAGUUCAGAUGCAGGGGCAGGAGUUUCAGGAAACAAGAUCACAGCUGGCCAGCAAAUAUUCAUUAUCAAAACACCAAAGGGAGUUUAUAUCCGUACUAGCUCUGGGAAAAUAUUUUCCGUAAGGACCAAAAUGCCAGAAAUAAGCAGCACUACCAAAAUCAUUGUCAGUACCUCCACAACUACUGCAGCUGCUUCAGUCAUGAGUUCCACUAUCAUCUCACCCACUUCUGCAGGCUCACGGCCAUCCAGUCGGGCAACCAUUGUGACACCUAGCCCUGUAUCCACUGCUAGUACAUCUGGGAAUGGUCAGCGGAAUGUUUUCAAGCCCCCUGCAAUGGCCUCAGCACCGGACACGCCCACAAACAUCCUUGCUUCCAUUUACUCUCAGUCACAGCAGGUUAAUUCGCUACUUAAGCAACAGACUCUAGACAGUGUGACCUCCACACCAACUCCACAAACCAAAGAAAUGAUGUCAAGUUUAUCUGACAAGGUCUCUCUUUCCAACAAACAGGACAAGUCAUUAUUGUCUAAAAAACGUGACAAUACCUUCUUACCAACUACUGAGGAGGAAGACUUCAGAAUGAACCAUGGGCAUAAAGAAAGCUUUUUAACAAGUUCACAAGAAAAGAGCUUUUUGGCUAAUUCACAGGAAAAAAGUUUCUUGUCAAAUUCAAAUGAGAAUAGUUUCUUAGCAUCUUCCAAUGAAGAUGACUAUCUCCAGACACCACAAGACAUGAACUUUGCAUCUCCUCCUGUGAGAAAAGGCUUUUUACCAACGUCACAGGAUGAAAGCUUUUUGUCUUCACAUGAAAAAGGCUUCAUGCCAACAACAAAAGAACAGAGCUAUAUGCCAAUUCCCCAGGACAAAGACUUUUUACCUCCUCAAGAAAAGGGCUUUUUACCAACUUCACAGGAAAACAGCUUUUUACUAUCUUCACAGGAAAAUAGCUUCUUGCCUACCUCACAGAAAAAGGACUUUUUGUCAAUGACACAUGAUAAGGGUUAUUUACCACAAGGAAAAAGUAAGUUUUUGUCGUCAGCAAAGGACAAGAACUUCUUGCCUGAUUUGUCUGACCCUUUUGGUGAUAAUAGUGCUUCAUCUUCUCCUGGGAGUAUGUCAUCUGGAAAUAUGUCAUCCCCUGGAGUUUUAAGCCCUGCCACAGUACAAUCAAUCCAACCAUCAGUGCAACAUAAUCGACCACAUGUACAACCAAUUUUGCCGCAGGUUCAGAGCCACUCACAGAUGACAUCUGGUCAGCCCCAGGUUCAACCUAUUCAGCCCCAGGUUCAGCCAAUUCAACCCCAAGUGCAACAGCAGAAUCAGUCACAAUCACAACAUCAUCAACAACAAAGUCAACAUCAGGGUCCUGGGCAACAGAAUCAACAGGAUCAUGGUCAACACCUUGGAGAUGUUGGUAGUGAUAGUAACAAUAGAACACACAAACAAUCUAAGCUCGCAAAAAUUGCACCCAGUAUGUCUGGCAUGCCACAGCAGCGGGCCCCUCAGAAUCCUAUGUCAAACUUUUACUUACCCCCACAGAUCCCUUAUCAGCCCUAUAACAUGGGCCAGGGAAAUAUGUCUCAGGGCAUGGGCAUGGGCAUGAAUCCGUACAUGAACAACCAAAUGCUAAUGCCGCAUAGCAAUCCCAUGUCAAAUGACAAUGGUAUGUCUUCUCAAUCUCAACAGCAAAAUCAGCAAUAUUUCAACAUGCCAUCAUCUACUUCAUCCUCACUUACAACAAUGGGAUCAGGUCAAAAUUCUGAUAUGUCUACCAUGGAUAAAUCAAACUUUGGCUCCACAAUACAACAGCAGUCUUCUUCCUCCUCUAUGAUGUCGUCAAUGCCCUCAAACAUGAUGCAGGGGUUUCCAUUCACUCCUUACCCAUUCCCUAUGCCGUCACCAUACCUCAUGCAGAAUGGCAUGCCCGGAAACUCGCCCUACAUGCACAUGCAGGGCCAGUAUGACUAUGGACAGAUGGGAGGAAACUACAACAUGCCCAGUUAUAACCCAAGUGGGAACAUGAACAUGGCAGCUAACAACCAGACAGGUAGCUGGGACCAUAGCUCGAAUAUUGACCAGAGUGGCAAUACCCCUCAGUGUUAAGGCAGGUUUUAUUGAGAUAAGGUCAGGGUGCUCCUAGCAUGAUAUCUGAAACAGUAACGUCAAUUGGAUUACUUGUACUGUCAUGUUAUAGGUUCACUUCAAUUUUAAUUCGUCCAUUUUUUUCCAUAUGGAAAUUAUUUUCGACUUUCAACCUUGCAAAUAUGUUGAAGCCUUGGCAUGAAUUUAAUCGUUAAUUUGAUGAUGACUUCAGUGUAAAUGAAAUAAGAAGAACCAAAUUCAAAAUUCUUCAGCCGGUACAUAACUAUCAUGCUUUGAACACCAUGGUCCAAUUCGAAAACUGUUAACGUAGAUUUGCCGACUCAAACAUUUUAUCUACUCUGAAGAAAUAUGGGAAGGUGGAUAAAAUCGUCUUCUCAAUGGAUUGAUUUUGCAUCAGAAGUGAUUCUAUAUGUUAGCUUGGAUGAAAAUUAGUUUUUAAAUGUGCAAAUUCUAGGAACAAGUUGAUUGGAAGGUGAAAGAUCAAAAUGCUGCUAUGUAUUAGUCUGCAGACUAGUCCCAUGAAGGGUGUUGCACUGUGACAACAUGGACAAACAUACCUCAGUGCUCAUUGUUUAUUUACUGACUCAGAAUUGGAAGAAAACAUAUAGAUAUAUAUAUAUAUAUAUAAAACUGAAAUGACAAUAUUAUCAUUCCAAUACAAUUGGAAAUUGAAUCCAUUAUUGUGUUGUUUUGUAUGUUUAACUGUUGAGUUCUCAUGUAGAUUUAGAGGUUGAUGAAUGACUUCCACUUAACAUUAUUCAUAUGCUGCACUUGUUCUCCCAUCUCAUGGCAUUGGAUAAUGAAUAUUCAUAGACUUUAUGAAUAUGUAUGAAAAUCAUGGAUAAUGUGACAUUGCAUAUUUAUUAGGAUUCUUAGGCAAUUCUUUUUCACUUACAUAAAUUUCACUCUUUGUUGUGAGAAAACUCAAAUAUCAACUUGUUUUGCAAUUAUAGUAUAAAAUGAUUUGAUGCAUUGAAGCAAAACCGUAUUGUAUCAAAAUAAACAUAUUUUGCUAAUUAUUUGUGUUAUUUCAUGGGCUAGUAUCAUGAAUAUUCAUGAUACACUUCAAAGUAAUAUUAUUACGAAGUAAUAAGCUUCUAUUCUGAUACAGGGUUCCCUGCACAUGCUUGUAUGAUGUUGUUAGUCUCACCGAAAUAUUUAUCUUUGUUUGAAUGCAAUGUGUACUCUUUGUAUUUGUACAAUUUAUAUUUUAAUCAACAUUUCUAUGUGUGUAACAUGUAAAUUAUUAUUCAUUGUGAAUAUUGUGAUCAUUUAGGUAGAUACUAUUUUGUCAUUUUAAGACAAUUGACAUUUUUUAAUGAUAAAUGUUUGUAAAUGUGUGCUGAAUUUUUUGUCUGUGUUUCUUUCUGUUUCUCCGUCCGUCCCGUCGUUUUGCAGUUGAUAGGUUACUAAGAAACAUUCUUUUUCUCUAGAAAUAACAUAGGACCAUUUUGAUCUAUAGUAUUCAACCUGAAAAUUAUAACUAUUUGGUAAAUGUUACUUACCAAAUUGAUUAAAGAGUUAAAAGAUUAAAGUGACAAGCUAAAAUCUUUGUAAACAUGUAUAUACCAAAUCUUGGAAAAUAGUAUGGGGCUUUAUAUUAUACUGUAUACUCAUAAUUAGUCACUUUAUCUAAAACACCUGAAUUCUUUUCUUGAGAACAAUAACAUUCUUAUAUGACGUGGAAAAUGACCUUUUUAGGCUGCUGAGAACCGAGGUUGUUACUGACUUGAUUUUAAACACUUCCCAUUAAGGUCUACAUGAUUGCAAAUGAAAUACAAAAUCAAAUGUGUUUUAUUUUAAACUAAACUUAGAAAUCAACUAUCAAUUGAAAAUUUGAAUUUAUUGUAUAGUGAGUCUUAAACAGAUUUCCAUAUUUUUUUCUUCGUUUCUCUUUGUUUAAUCUGAAAUGUAAGUGGUUGUGACACUGAUAAUUAUCAAAGGAAUCCUUAUGUAAAAUUCAUUGUGUUACUGAUGUAAUGAAACAUAUAAGGAAAAUGUGAGACGUUUGAGUCAAAAUAAAUUUUAUAUUAACUUGUAGCUUUUGAAAUAAUUAACAUGUAUGCACAAGGAACAAUGCAACUACCUGAUAACUGCUAUAGUUGAGGUCCGAUUUACGUGAGGUCCAGUUUAGUUGAGGUCCAAUUUAGUUAAGGUCCAGGUGAUUAGAGUGUUUGACUUGGAUUGUUCUGAGCCUCUUUUGCAGGCCAAUGCAGACCUCCCCAUCUUUCUUUGGUUUUCAAAAUCGUUUUAGGUGUAAGGCUUGCCUCUAUAUAAGGACUUAGGCCCAUGGACUUGUUUCUUAGAGCAAGGCCACUGGGUUUGUGUCAAUACCAGGACAAGGGCCCAAAGUCAAGGCCACUGGGCUUGUCUCAAUAUAGGAAGAAGCCCUGGGCUUGUCUCAAAACAAGGACCAGGCCGCUGGGCUUAAAAAGUUCUUGUCUCAAUACAAGAGAUGCUAUCUAUGUCUUAUAAGUAAUGGGAAAAUAGGGAGGCGGGGGGUAUAAGUUUAUGUUACGGUGAGUGUUGAUCCCUUCGCACUUUCUACACUUUAUUUUUAUCUUAUCCGGGCACUAUAUCCUACAUUAUUUGUCACUGAAACCUCAUACUUGAUGAAGUUGUAUGUCAUUUACCAAAAUAGUUCAAGAUGCCCUAUUUUUAUACCUACUUUAAAGAAAAUGUUUAAUGAGGAUUACUUUCCUAUCGUACUUGUUGUUUGAAUGUUAUGCAUUAGGGAUGGAUUCACCAAGGGAAGGUGGUGCAUACCAAAUGAGGAUCACUGUACUGACAUUCAUAAUAACAUUUGACCGACAGCAAAAGAAGUUUGGGGUUCUAUUUCUUACACUUCUUGUCACUGGAACUUCAUACUUAGGAUAUCAGGGUCAACUGAAGUGAGGCAACGUGUGAUUUAUCAAAAGCAGGUCACUUUGACCUACAUUUAGACCAUUAAUAAUAUAAUCUAGGGAUAUACCAUCAAUCCAAAUAAAUGAUCUUGCUUUUUCAAAUUGUUGAUGUCACUUUGAACUUCUUACAUUACCUACUAAAUUAAUAAUACUGAAUUCUAUCACAUUUAUACUAUAGGAUGCAAGUAAAUAUUGAACAUUAGUGGGCUACAUUGUCACCAGAUGAGUUUUGAUUAUCGAACAGCGUAACUUUCCAGUAUACACCAAGCAGAUUUAUUUGUAGUAGUUACAUCAACACCAUUCAUUAUCUAAUACAGUAGGGGUAUCAAACAUUCAACUUCUAGACAAUGUUCUUUCUCAAGUUCAUCAUCUGUGCAUUCUUGGUUGUAAUUUCACAUUUGGGACUUUCAUCAAUAGUUUUCAUAAAACUGCAGAUAGCAGGUGUAAACAGCAAAUAAAACCAUCAAAUUUAGUGUUUAGGCCAUUAAAUACAAAGGGUAAGACUGACCUACAGUCAUCAAAAUUUCUCAUUAUUUGCCAUUCUGUAGGACUUUUGAAAUUAUAAAUUUCCACUGAUGGUAUUCACAUCAGACUUGUCUGAAAUGAUCCCCAGAUUUUGAGCAAGUACAAUAUACAUUAUGGCCGUCAUCUCUAAAACUACAUUUGAAGUUUUUUCCGAAGUUCCAUUGAUGCAUUUGAGUUGAAAAUAGGGAGAGGUAGAGAACAACAUGUUAAAUUUGGCCUUUUCAAAACUAAUGGACAUGAUAGCUAUGGGAUGACCAUUUUGUAACAUGUUUAGGCAAUCAUAUUUUCCCCCAGACAUCACCACCUUAAAACUUCCUGAUAUGUUCCACUUCAAAUGCUCUUUAUUUAGUGUUAUUUUUCUGGUCGGUCGAAAAUGCAGUUUGGUCAUCAUUGCCUCCAUCAUAAAAAAGCAUACUAAACUUCUGUUCAACUUCUCUCAUUGAGCUGAAAAUUUGUAACAAUGAUAUGGAUAGAGCUGAUCAAGUGUUGUUAUUUUUUAAACUCAUUAAAACUUUUGACUUUUGAUGUGUCUAUUUUGAAUACAAUUCCAGAAUCGUGCUUUUCUUUAACAACACUAUUUUAAACUUCAUCUCAAGUUCUUUCUGUAGGAACAAACUGGAACUUAAUGCACAGAUUCGUAGAUGAUCUGAACAAAGUGUUGUUACUUUUUGGGUUUGUACAAAAACAAUAUGGCCCCCAUGAUUGCCAUAUUGAAAAGCAUAUUGUAAACUUAUCCAGUUUGACUGAGCUAAAUUGGUUAGGCUGUGAAGGAAAGGAAGCUAACAGUUGAUUUAUAUUUUAGACAUCGUCAAUACUACCAACAUGGCAGCCACAGAGACCAUUUUCUAAUAUGAUUCAUAAUUGCACAAUCAUGGUUUUCCCGAAAAACACCUUUUAUGUUUUGGACCAAGUUUUGUUUUUUUCAGGCAGGUCUGAAAAUACAAAAUUGCAGCCAUCUUGAAAAAAUCAUUGUAAGCUUUCGUUUCAGUCCACUAGUACUAUUGAGCUAAAAUUUUGUUGAAUUUCAAGAAACUGAUAUAAGUGUUGUACUUCAUUACAUUUACUGCUAAAAUUCUGAGUUUUUAAUCAGUCAAUAAUUGUUUCCUCUACCACUUAACUAUAGUAACAUACUCUUAGAUCAUUUACCCGGUAAAUGUCUUUGUAGAUGACUGACUGUGAAGGCCAAAGGCCUCUCAUGAUUGGCUGUAGGGAUGCAGGACUGUUGGGUUUUGUCAUCCUGUGCAAAUCUGAAUAUUUAUGUUUAGUUUUGAUAUUGGUAUUUCUAUAUUGCCAUCUCUUUGCAAAGAAUAUACCAUGACAGAUUAACUUUUAUGAUGAAGCAGAAAGAUUAAGCUCAAACAUUGAAAAAAAAAAAAAAAUGUAAAUGAAAUCACUUAGCCAAUACUUUUAAAUGUUUAAUGCAUUUGAUCUCAGAUAACAGCAAUUACCGCCCCAAUGGAUGAGUCCUAGUUUUGUUAUAAGAAACUAUUUUCUUUCAAAAUAGAAAACUGUGGAUAUUGGUGUUUUAAAACUUCCUUUUUAUUUCUUUCGUGUUUGUUGCUAUGUGUGGUAGUUUUUCACUGUUUAUGAUGAAUUCUAGAAAUUGUGAGCUCAAAAGUGAUAAUAAAAUGGCUCAAGGAGCAAUCCAUGGAUGUAAUAUUGCUAGAUUAGGUUUUUUUCUUUUCUUAAUUUCUGUUAUGGUAAUGUUUGCCAUUUUCAAUAUAGAUGAGACAGGUUGCUUACAAAUUUUGUGUAUUUUUACAGAUUAGAUGCUUGUCAUCACAUACUUUUUCAUUUAAUUUGAAAUCAAAUGAUAUUCAACCAGCAAUUGGUGAAUUUCAGUGAUGACCUAAAUGAGUUGAUGUUGAAAAUUUCAUAAAUGUGGACAUGUGAGAGGGAUGUUGUUUCUGUAGGAGGCAUAUUUCUGUUGCUGCUGUCUGUGUCUUUUCUGUGUUCAUAUUCAAGCUUUAUUUUAUGAGGAGUGAUGGGCCAAAACCUCCUGCCCAAAUAUAACCCUCAUAGGGGUUCGUUUACACUUCUUGCACUUUAAAUGUUUUACAUCAUAAAUUCAUCACGUUAGUGUGUUGUCGUCUUCAUUUCAUGAAAAUAAAUUUAUAGAUUAAUUC